AAAAUCAAACAAAGGAAGUAGUGCCAUCUGGUGGAAGCAGCUAUGCACAUUGAUCAGUCGAUCUUCAAUAAACAUGUCUAGAGAUAUUGGGUACUAUUGGUUAAGGAGUGUGUUCUACAUACUAAUUGCAGUGAGUGCUGGCUCUUUCUUUUUCCACAUUGGAACGAACAAUCAAGCAAUUAUUGCAAGAGGAAAGUGUGAUGGUUUAAUGAUCUGCUUGUCUAUUGGAGGCAUACCCUUCGUUAUUGAAGAACUAAAGGUAAAGACCGAUGAAUUCUUAUCGAAACUAGUAAUGUUAAUUGUGAAAUGUUGUUAGACUGUGAAUCAGAAACAGUAAUAAUGCGAUCAGUUCUACUCUGUGACAACAUAAGUCUGGUUAGAAAACAUUACCCAAUAAAAUUUAAUCCCGUCUUUUUAAAAUCCCAUGCAAGUAUUUAGGCAGGAAAGACUUGGCGGGCAUUAUGGGGAAGCUUUGUUUGUGCUCUCCAACUUCCUCUCCUCACUCCCUUUCGUGGUUGGCAUGGCUUUCUCUUCUGGAACAAUACUAUACCACAUGGUCAAAUUUCACACAGGAUUCUCUCAUUACUUGUAUUUUUGCAUCAAUCUCUUAUGCUGCAUUGCUGUCACAGAAGGAACCGCUUUAAUUACGGCAGCACUGGUUCCCAACCUCUUGAUGGCCAUAGGAGUUGCAGCCGGCAUAACUGUAUUCAUGAUGAUGCCAUCUCUUCUUUCCCGGAUGAUGGUUGACCUACCAAAAAUCUUUUGGCGAUAUCCCAUGUCAUACCUCAGCUAUGCAGCAUGGUCAAUACAGGGUCAGUACAAGAAUGACAUGAUUGGGCUGGAAUUUGACCCUCUAGUGGUUGGAGAUCCAAAGCUGAAAGGUGAGGAUGUACUCCUUCACUUGUAUGGGAUAAACCCUGAGGUUUCCAAAUGGUGGGAUUUGGCUGCUUUGGCAUGCUUGUUACUUUGUGUCAAAGUCAUCUUUUACUUGUUGCUCAAGUACAAGGAGAGAGCCUCAUUGUCUAUACACAAACUCUUUGCAAAAGCAACCUUCCAACACCAUUCCAAGAGAGGCUCAUUGAAGAAGGAGCAAUUUGUCUCCUAUUCCAAGAGACACACAACUCUUCAUCCAUUAUCUUCUCAAGAGGGUCUUGGAUCACCACUUCCAUAGUGUGAUUGACAUCUUUUUCUUUCGGCUAGUGAUUUUCACAUUGCCAC